CAACUAACCGAAUGAAGUACAUAGUAGCUCUGUUGUUUAUCUACUCGGUGAGCCUCAUCAAAUCAGAAGAUGAAGGGGGAAUUAUUGGACAUUUACUUGUCGAUAAUGUGGAUUAUGCUUCAACAAGUGAAGGGAGGACAACUGAAGUGAUAGCCAAUAACGACAGAGGAUUAGGAAGAAACAAACAUGCAGAGGCCAUUACAACAGAAGACACGGCUGCUGUCACAACACACUCAGAUAUUUCUGAGCACCGCAGUGAAAACACAAUCUCCAGUUCUUCCUGAGAGGAGCAAUAUCUCUUCUGUAACUACUGAGCAGAUGACUGAAGAUACAAGAAGUGAUUC